ACAGUCUACAGAGAAAUUGAGGAGACACUUAAAAAACGAAUAAUGAUUUUUGAUGGUGCCAUGGGAACGAUGAUUCAAAAGUUGCACCUGACAGAAGAGAAUUUCAGGGGUGAGGAAUUCAAAAAUCACCCAAAGCCUUUGAAAGGUGAUAAUGAUCUGCUGAGCAUUACAUGUCCAGAUCAUAUUUAUAAAAUACAUAAGGAGUACUUAGAAGCUGGUGCAGAUUUCAUUGAAACAAAUACGUUCAACAGCACGGCAAUUGCACAAGCCGACUAUGGCCUUCAACAUAUGGCUUACAGACUGAAUUAUGAGUCAGCUAUGGUGGCUAGGAGGGCCGCAGACGAUGUUACCAAAGAAACUGGUGUGAGGAGGUUCGUAGCAGGAGCUCUGGGACCAACGAACAGGACCCUCUCCAUAUCUCCAUCCGUUGAAAGGCCAGAGUACAGAAACAUAACAUUCGAUGAGUUGGUGGAUGCUUAUAAAGAGGAAACAGCUGGUCUCCUGGACGGUCUUGUGGACGUGUUGAUUGUCGAAACCAUAUUUGAUACUGCUAAUGCUAAGGCAGCCAUAUAUGCGAUAGAUACAGUGCUGGAAGAAAGAAAUGUACACGUACCAGUUUUUAUAUCAGGGACGAUCGUGGACAAGAGUGGACGUACGCUGUCAGGGCAAACGACGGAGGCAUUCAUCAUCAGCGUGUCGCACUGCAAGCCCAUGUGUAUAGGUCUGAAUUGUGCCCUGGGUGCAAAUGAGAUGAGGCCAUUCAUCGAAUGUGUUGCUUUGAACACGAAGGCCUAUGUUAUCUGCUACCCUAAUGCUGGUCUACCAAAUACGUUCGGAGAAUAUGACGAAAGUCCCGAGUACACUGGAAAGAUGUUGAUGAACUUCGCGCGUGACGGCCUGGUGAACAUCGUUGGCGGCUGUUGCGGCACCACACCCAAGCAUAUCAAAGCCAUAGCUGAUGCAGUGAAAAGUUUCACACCCAGACUGCCCCCCGCUCAUUUGCAUGAUGACGCCUUGCUGUUGGCUGGCCUGGAGGCAUUACGUGUUGACCAGUACACGAACUUCGUGAACAUCGGUGAGAGAUGCAAUGUGGCUGGUUCGAGAGCAUUCUGCAAACUCAUCAAAGAUGAUAAAUAUGACGAAGCACUGAACGUGGCCAAAACGCAAGUUGAGAACGGUGCAGUAGUGUUGGACAUAAACAUGGAUGAAGGUAUGUUGGAUGGCAAGGCAGCCAUGACCAAGUUCGUCAACCUCAUCUCAUCAGAACCUGAUAUUGGAAAGGUCCCACUCUGCAUUGACUCCUCGAACUUUUCGACCAUCUUGGCUGGCUUGAAGUGCACUCAGGGCAAAUGUAUAGUCAACAGCAUCAGUCUGAAGGAGGGCACCCAGGACUUCAUCUCAAAAGCCAAGCAGAUCAAAUUGUUUGGGGCUGCCGUGGUUGUCAUGGCGUUCGAUGAAGUUGGACAGGCCACAGAUGUAGAAAGAAAGUUGGAAAUAUGCAGCCGAUCGUUCAGAAUCCUGGUCAAUGAGGUGGGCUUCCAACCGACUGACAUCAUAUUCGAUCCCAACAUCCUCACCAUCGGAACUGGAAUGGAGGAACAUAACGAUUAUGCUCUCAAUUAUAUCAACGCUGUUAAGCUCAUCAAAGAACAUAACAAGGGUUGCCGCAUCAGUGGGGGUGUGUCCAACUUGUCGUUUGCAUUCAGAGGGAAGGAGAGGAUCAGAGAAGCAAUGCAUAGUGUCUUUCUCUACCACGCUAUUAAGUCUGGUAUGGACAUGGGCAUUGUAAACGCGGGCUGUUUACCUCUCUACAGCGACGUCAACAAAGAACUAUUAGAACUUUGCGAAAAUUUAGUUUGGAAUAAAGAUAAAGAAGCUACAGAAAAAUUAUUGCUCUAUGCUCAGGGUCACAUGAGCAGCGACAAGAAGCAGAUCAUGGACGAGGAGUGGAGGGCGACAUCGGUGGAAGAACGAUUGGAACAUGCUCUCAUUAGAGGUCUCGACAAGUACAUCGUUGAGGACACGGAACAAGCGAGGAAGGAUAAGUUGAAGUACCCCAGACCAUUGAACAUCAUUGAGGGACCACUCAUGAAGGGCAUGAGUGUCGUUGGGGAUCUGUUUGGUUCUGGCAAGAUGUUUCUACCCCAAGUCAUCAAGUCUGCUAGAGUUAUGAAGAAGGCGGUGGGCUACUUGAUUCCAUUCAUGGAGGAGGAAAGGACUGAGAACAUCAAACGAACUGGUGUUGAUGACUUGGUCACGUACGUCGGUACCGUCGUCAUAGCAACUGUGAAAGGUGAUGUGCAUGACAUUGGCAAGAAUAUUGUUGCUGUGGUGCUGGGGUGCAACAAUUAUAGAGUGGUUGACCUUGGGGUGAUGACACCGUGUGAAAAGAUCAUUGAGUCAGUUAUCAAUGAAAAUGCCGACUUCGUCGGACUUUCCGGUCUGAUAACGCCUUCAUUGGACGAGAUGAUACACGUGGCUAAGGAGCUUGAGAGGCGGGGUUUGAAAAUACCACUCCUGAUUGGCGGAGCCACAACGUCCAAGACGCACACUGCCGUCAAGAUCGCUCCGAAGUAUUCAUCGCCCACCAUCCACGUGCUCGAUGCUUCCAAAUCUGUCGUCGUGUGUGGAGCCUUGAAGGAUGCUACAAAGCGGGAAGAAUUUAUUGAGGAGGUCGCCGAAGAGUAUGAAGAUCUGAGAAACGAUCAUUAUGAAUCUUUGAAGGAACGUGUUUACAUCUCAUUGGAGGCAGCUAGGCAGAGGAAGUUGAAGAUUAAUUGGAAGAUGGAUCCACCAGUUUGUCCUCCCUCAUUUCUGGGCCGCAGAGAUCUGAUAAAUUAUGAUCUGAAGAAGUUGCUGCCCUACAUUGAUUGGAAGGAAUUUUUCAAUGUCUGGCAGCUGAGAGGAAAGUAUCCAAACAGGGGCUACCCGAAGAUAUUCAACGAUCCAACUGUUGGCAAAGAAGCAAAAAAGUUGUUCGAUGAUGCAGAGUUGAUGCUGAACAACAUCAUCAACCAACAGUCUCUCCAAUGUUCAGCCGUCAUCGGCUUCUGGAGGGCUCAGAGUUCAGGAGAUGACAUCAAGCUGUUUGACUGCGUUGGUGAUAACAAUAACAAACAACAUAUCUCCACUUUGUACGGAAUUAGACAACAAGCCGAGAAAGAUUCCUCCUCAGAAGAUUCUUACAUGUGCCUUUCAGAUUUUGUGGCUCCAGAAGACAGUGGCGUCCCUGACCACGUCGGCAUGUUCGCCGUCAGCUGCCUCAACGUCGACAAAUUAAUUGCUCAGUAUGAGGCAGAUUAUGAUGAUUACCACGUCAUCAUGGUAAAAGCUCUGGCUGACAGACUGGCUGAGGCAUUUGCAGAGGAAUUACACGAGCAGGUGCGGAAAGUUCAUUGGGGUUAUUGCAAGGAUGAGAGCUUGCAAGCUAGGGAGCUCCAUCAAAUUAAGUACCAGGGCAUUAGACCCGCCCCUGGCUAUCCCAGCCAGCCAGACCACACUGAGAAGGAAACCAUGUGGAACCUUUUGGAACCCCAACGAUUGGGUAUCCACCUGACAGAAUCCCUGGCCAUGACACCAGCUGCAUCAGUUAGUGGUUUGUACUUUGCACAUGCCAAGUCUACGUACUUCAGUACUGGCAAAAUUACGAAGGAGCAGGUUGAAGACUACUCACGCAGGAAAGGUACCCCAUUCGCCAGCAUUGAAAAAUGGUUGCUGCCUGUGUUAGCAUACGAUCCGGAUUAA